AUGCCGAGGUCAGUCCCGGCUCCCGACACGUUUCCUCCAGGCCCGGGGGUGGGUCGCAGGGACGGCGCUCGGGUGGGACGGUGCGAGCGACCAGGGCCAGCCCGAGCCGGGGCCGAGAGCUGCCACAGCUGCCAGGGCAACUCGCGCCCCUCGAUCCCCUGCGCCGCCGAGAUGAGACGCGCCGGGCCCUGGUGCUUGCUCCUGGCUGCGGCGUGCGCCCAGGGCUGGCUCCAGCCGCCGCAAGCCGCCCUGCGCUGCCACUCCACCGGCGCCUGCUUCACUGUCCACCUCCUCAACAGGUCCUAUGCUGAGGCCCGCAGUGCCUGCAGGAGCCGGCAGGGCAGCCUGGCCUGGGUCAGCAGCGAGCCCGAACUCCAUCUGCUGCUGGGGCUCCUGGCGCAGGUGGCCGUGGGGCCAGCGCCCUCGCUCUUCUGGGUCGGGCUGAGGAGAAACGCUUCUGCCUGCACCUACGCGGAGCGCCCGCUCCGUGGCUUUUCGUGGGAGGGCGCCGGCGGCGAGGCGGUCCCGCAGGAGGUGCCGGCGGCGCUCGGCCGGUGGGCGAAGGAGCCGGUGAUCUCCUGCAGCACUACCCGCUGCGCCGGGCUGCACCUGACGCCGGCGGUGGCCCCCGGAGGCGGCCCAAACUGGGGCUGGAAGGAGAGAGUCUGCCAUCGGGAGAGCCAAGGCUACGUCUGCAAGUACCAGUACGAGGGCGCCUGCCCCGACAUCAGCCCCGCCGGUGCCCUCGGCCUCGAUUACCGCCUUCCCUUCGAGGAGCACAGCACCGGCCCCGGCUUCAGCCCGCCAGGCACCAUGGUCACCGUAGCGUGCCCCGCAGGGGAAGUGCGGGUUAGCUGCCAGCCCGAGUUCGGCAGCUUCGCCUGGAAGGAGGUGGAGGAGCCCCUCUGCCCCUGCGCCUUCGGCUAUCGAAGCCCCGGCAGCGGGCGGUGUGCCAACGCAGCCGGGUGCCGCGAUGCCGCCGGCGGCUUCGCCUGUGCAAGCACCCCAGGCGGCACGUCCGCGACGCCCUGCGCGGCCACGGAGGAGGCCCCCACGGCCGCUGGCGGCUCCGCGGGGCCCCUAGGUGCCGAGGCAGAAGGACGACGCCCCUCCGCCGCGACACCCAGCCGUUCGGCGAGGCCGCCCAUCACCGCCGGCGGCGGCCGGGAGGAGACGGCAGUGCCACCGCCCUUCUCCUCUUCCUCUAACUACGUUUUCAUCCUGGUGACGGUCGCGGUGGUGGUGUUGGUCAUCCUGGUCAUGACUGUAUUGGGGGUGUUCAAGGUCUGCUUCAACAAGAAAUCCGAGGGCCGCGGGGACAAGGACGCGCCGGAGGCCAGCAGCAAGGCGGAGGCCAGCUCCGCGGAGCCGAACGGAGGGGCAGCGGGUGGCGACUAGCCUUCAGGCGGCAGAGCACCCGUCCUUCAGGUCUGCCCCAAGUGUCAGCUCCUACCCCGAGGCAGCGCUCAACUCUGCCGUGCCUCUUUGCCCCAACCCGGCUGCCGCAGGGAGCCGAUGAAGAGACGCUAUAGGAGACGCUAUCUGAGCGGCGCUUGCAGAUUGUCAC